UUCCGCACAUCUGUUUGUUAUAUUUCUGGCGAAUCUUUGCCGCUUUCAAAAUUUGAGAGUACAACUUCGUGCAAUGACAUGGCUUCUGUCGAUCUGCAAGAAAACGCAAAUUUUACAAGGCUCAGUAGACUUUUAGUUGACAAAGGAACUGAGGCUUUGAGAAAUACAUUUGAUACCCUCCAUCCACCUGUUAGUCUACCCGGAGUUCUGGCUAAAAACAAAAGAUCUCUUCAAAGGUUAAAACCUCGAGUUAUUAAUAAUUCCCAGUGGGAUUUACUGUUUCCUUCGUCUGGCAACCCACCAGAUUCCAAAACUUUUGAUGUCACAUUACUUACAGUUCUAUUCCGGAACAUUUGUGGUUUUCCAUCAACAGGAUGGGGUGUAAUGCCUCCGGAUACUGAUAGAUCAACGCAGGCGAAUAUCACAAGAAUCAAGUGUUACAGAAAUGAAGUUAUUGCACAUGUAACAACAACUCGAGUUGACAAUUCAACAUUUCAAUCUUUAUGGAGGAAAAUUUCCCAGGCGAUAGUAGAAUUGGGUGUAUCACAGAGUGAUGUCGACGAUUUAGAAAAAUGUCCUCUUGGGCCUGAAGAAGAAGUGUAUGUGCAAAAGCUUAAAGAUUGGAAAAUGCACGAAGAUGAGUGUAUUAAAUUGCUUAAAGUAAUUGAAGCUGGUGUAAAUAAUGUAACACAAGUCGCUGAAGAGACGCGCGAUGCAGUAAAUGAAACGCGCGAUGCAGUAAAUGAAACGCGCGAUGCAGUAUAUGAAAUGCGCCAUUCAUUGGCCAAGCGUACGCUAUCAAUGCCCGGGGACACCAAUCCUGAAACAAAAUCCUGCAUGGAAAGUGAUGAAGAUUUAUUGCGAAAACUCGCUAAGCAUAAAUUUAACGGUAAAAUUAAAGGAAAAGUGAAUUUUUUCCUUCCUGGUACAAGAGAGUGGUUGUUAAAGGAAAUUAACGAGUGGUUUCAAAAGUGUGACAGCGAUUCAAGAAUAAAGUUAAUAACAGCUGGACCAGGAUUUGGUAAAAGCGUGUUUGCCGCUAAAAUCUGUGAAGAUUUUGAGAAGAAUGGAAAGCUGGCAGCUUGUCACUUUUGUGAUUUCAGUGAUUCAAACCUAAGAGAUCCUAUGGUGAUGCUGCAGUCUCUCGCAAGUCAGAUGUGUAAGAGCGUCCCUGGGUUUAAGAAUGAGCUCCUUGAUCAGUUAAAGCGACCUCAUCAAGUCCAAAGCCUCAAAGAUGCCUUCCAAAUAUAUUUGCAAAAUCCCUUAGAUGAAUUGGAAAUAAAAGAGCAACGUUUAAUCGUGAACGAUGCCUUGGAUGAAAGUGCUGCAGAUAACAAGAAUGAAAUUACGCAUUUGAUUGCUGAAUAUUUUCCUGAGCUUCCCGAGUACAUCAAAAUCUUGGUGACGAGCAGGCCAGAGAUUUCCGUUGCUGAUCUAAGAAUAAGAGGCGAUCAAAAGACAGACAUUUCUAAUGUUCAUUACAACAAUAACUCAGAUCUGGAACUUUAUUUUAAAGAAUGUUUUCCAAGUUUAGUCGGCAGGGAAGUGGAUGGAAGUCAGAUGAGCGAUGAUUUCUACGAGGAUCAUCCAUAUCUUUACCGUUUUCGGCGAAAUAAAACUAUUAGUUUACUUUCCAUUUUUGUUGCCAAAUGCCAGGGCUCAUUUCUCUAUGCAUAUCACUUUCAAUCUGGGCUAAGGGCUCGCUGUGAUCUUGAGAAGAUAACAAAUAAUGACGUCAUGGAGUUUCUCCCAGAAGGUCUGCAUUCUGUUUACGAACGAUAUUUUAAACGCCUUGAAGACGAGCUUUACGCCAUAAAACACGAAAAGUUCGAUGUCUUGAAUAUUUUGGCAAUGCUUGUUGCUUCCGAAAAAGAUCUUCCCCUCGCUUUCGUCGCUCAGGCUUUUGGUUUUGCUCCAGAUUGUCGCGAAACGAAAGACAUCAUCAACAAAAUUAAUGAAACCGUAUCGUGCUUGUUGUACGUUUCAGAUAACAGGUUAACCGUUUUUCACAAAUCCUUUAUUGAUUGGCUUCUAGCAAAGGGCUACAAAGAUCACCAGUAUACUGUCAAGGUCGAUGAUGGACAUAGAUCGCUUUGGCUUUUAUGCGAAAAGGUUUUUAAAGAAAUUGUGGAAAAUGUUCGCUCAGGAGUUGAAGUGAAGUUUAGUAAUGAUGUGGAAUACGCUCUGAAACAUGGUUUAAAACAUCUAGAAAAGUGUGAAAUGGAGGAAGGUGUGUUUUGGUCAGUUGAUGUUAUUAUCGUAUGUUAUUUGUUAAGUGUAAUCGGUUCGAGUGAAUUGCUGUGUUUCUGGCUCACAUUGCUGCAAUGUUCCUGGAUUAAAAACGAAGAGUUACGCGCCCGCAUUUCGUACCAUGUCGUUGAAUUUGAGUUUUUUGAACUUGCCCUGGUACAAGCACAUGUUACACAUUCUCGAGAAGGUUAUUUCAGCGAUGAUGAGAAGAAAAUCGCUGAGACGCUACUAUCAAACCUUUCACCUUUUGUCGAGUCGAAUUCUUACGAAGUUUCGGUUUUGCCGCGAGCAUUCUGGAAACCCAGUGACUUUGAUAAUAUAACAGCUGUUGCUUUAUCUAACGAUGAAAAAAGUGUGGCAGUUGGAAUAGAUAAUUUUAUCCAUGUGAUAUCCCUACCAACUUUAGUUGGAAUUAUGAAUUAUUCAACAAAAUUGAAAAGAAUUUCAUGCUGCACAUUUUUUCCAGACGAUUCGCGCAUAUUAUUUGGUAAACUGGAAACGGCGUUUAACAUUGCUGGAAGAAAGGAAGAUCCAUUUUUCCCAGGAAAUGAAGAGACGUUCCUGUCCUGUGCAUUUUCCCCUAACGGCAAAAGACUGGUUACUAGCGUUGGUUCAAACACCGUUAAAGUAUGGGACGUUGCUAAACAAACGCUGCUGUCGUCGCAUUGUGCUGGAUUUCGUGUUGGUUGGUGCUCUUUUAGCGUCACAGGGCUAUUUAUUAUUGCAAAUUCAGAAUCUUCAUCUUAUCCGGGUUAUUCGUUCUGUGUUUGGAACGCUAUCACAUUGCAAAGAAGUGAUAGGCGAAAAUUAUCUGACGGGGGACGGGAGAAACCAGUUGUGUUAAAGAGUAGGAAAUGUGAACGAUGUUUUCAGCGGGGAUUUGAGGAACCAAAUUCUAAACACUUAGAAAUAAGGAAGUGUUGGAAAAACUUUAGAAUGUCGUGUCCGUGGAUCUGCAAAGGUGUGGAGUGUAUUUUUUCUUCGGAAGAAUUUUGUUAUUCGAGUGACACAGAAAGUAUUCCUUUGACUGCGAUUGUUGCUUGGAACUAUCUUGUUUCUGCUCCUCGACAGAUUUUUGCUAAUAUGACACUUUUCGGAGAUAAUCUGUGGCUCUAUUUCGAUAAUGAAAAACUAAUUGUCUUUAAAACAUUAGCUCCUAAACAAGAGCAAUCCUGUCCGUCACAGCGAACGGAAGUUUAUUCGAGUUCGUUUUCUCCUGACGGCUCUCGACUUGCAUCCUCCAACUCAGAUGGAUAUAUCAACGUAUGGAAUGUCUAUACCAGCCAAGUUGAACAACGUUUCAAAAGCAGUCAAUGCUGGUCAAGGUUUUUAUGCUGGUGGUCGGAAGAUUUCUUGUUUGUGAUUAGUGAAUUUAACAGGAUUCCCAAAUUAACGCGAUACCAGGUAGAUGACAAUUUAAAGAUCGUGUUUACUCACAGUCAGGACGUGGCACUGUGUCAUUUAUCUACCAGGUCUGACAUCCGAUUUUAUCAGCUUCGUUUUUCUGAAGGCUUUGUCGGCUUGGCUCUGGGAAGGAAUGAACCCGUGAAAUUUAUCGAUGUCAGAGAUGUUGAUGGUCCUGUAAUGGUCAAUUUGCCUGGAAUUGAGCCGGAGAUGGAAGUGGAAAUCUCGCCCGGUGGUGCCUUUAUCUCUGGUUGUAAUAAGAAUAAAUGUUAUAUUUGGAAAAGAAAUACCGAAAACCCAACUUCAUAUGAACUCUUUUAUCACUAUGAGGCUGGAAGAUCUGACAGAGAUUGGUCUGUCAUCUUCCCUUAUGUCGUAAUUUUCAGUAAUGAUUCCAAAGUCGCAGUAGUCGUGGACGACAGAACUGAUAAGAGUCAGAUAAUUGAUCUGGAAACUGGUUAUUCUCAAAAUGUAACUCCUGCAUUCUACCCCCUUCCUUAUUUGAGGUCAUUUUGUAUUCACAAGAGUAAAAUUGUAUUAACUUUAUCUGAUCACAUGAUAACAUUUUUUGACAUGGACUCUGGCGCGAUUCUCAACACUUCCUAUCAACGAUACUUGGAGACUUGGAAGCCAAGCCAAACAAUUAAACUUUCCCCAAAAGAGGACGUGCUGGCUUUUCCUGACCGCAAAGGCGAUAUGGUGUUUCUUCGACUGUCUAUUCCACAAAAUCCUUUGUUGGACGAUAUUAAGCGAGGUGCUGUAGUCGAUCCUUUCUUUAACCGGAAUAAACUCCUCUUGCGGAAAAACGUUUAG